UUUUUAGUCGCUGUGGUAUAAAAGUCGGGAUCUGGAAAGGGGCCGCCACAACUAGCCUUCUCUCCAAGUUUGCGACUCCCCAGUCCAAGAUGAACAAAGUCUGUGCUGUUUUUGGAGGCUCCCGGGGCAUUGGCAGGGCAGUGGCCCAGUUAAUGGCCCAGAAAGGCUACCGACUAGCCAUCAUCUCCAGAAAUGUGGAAGUGGCCAAAGCCACCGCCGGUGCCCUCGGCGGUGGUCAUUUGGCAUUUAGAUGCGAUGUUGCCAAAGAGCGUGAUGUUCAAAAUACGUUUGAAGAGAUAGAGAAAAAUUUAGGUCCAGUUAAUUUCCUGGUAAAUACAGCUGGAAUUAACAGGGAUAGCCUUUUAGUAAGAACUAAAAGUGAAGAUAUGCUAUCUCAGCUUCAUACUAACCUUUUGGGUUCGAUGCUGACCUGUAAAGCUGCUGUGAAAACUAUGAUUCAACAGCAGGGAGGGGCUAUUGUUAAUGUAGGAAGUAUUAUCGGUGUAAAAGGCAAUGCUGGCCAGUGUGUGUACAGUGCCAGUAAAGGGGGAUUGGUGGGAUUUUCAAGAGCUCUCGCUAAAGAAGUGGCAAGAAAGAAAAUUAGAGUGAAUGUAGUUGCACCAGAAGCCACUGCAUGCUGCAACACUGCACCCUCUGAAGCAGGGGCUCCCCUGGUCCUGCUGCUCACGGCACUUUGAAGGCAGGGACCGGGACGUGCCAGCAUCCUCAGGACACCACAUGGCAAGCAGCCGCAACACCCAACCCCACACUGGAUAUGGCGGACACAUCCAUCACUGUCAGUGGCGACACCGAUGCUGAUUUCUGGCUGCGAUUUCUAUACCCUGCUGGUUCCUCAGACACAGUCAGCAGGGCAGGCCUGUACCAGGAAGCCCGUAUGGACUGGGGGGAUUCGAGGACGUUUCAAAUGAUGGUCAUCAUGUAAAUCAAUAAACUGUGUGUUCCCACAACACAUUCUCCUCUGGCUGGGAUUAGCUCAGGAUCUUAUGUAUGAGAGAGCUCAAAAUAUUAAUUCUGAGAACUUAUAAAAGGGAGAAUAUGAAACUCCUACAAGGGUUUCAGUUCUGGGUGUACUCACUAAAGUUCCAUCUCUGACUUUAUUACAUUCGUACUUCAGUUGUCUAGUUUUUCUUCCGUUGCUCAUUUCUUACUCGAGGAAGACUCGUGUAUGUCUUCAUGUCAGAGAAUCCGGGUCCACUCGGUGAGGGUCAGCAUCUAAGAACUUGCUUGGUUCAGAACUACAUUAUCAUUGCCCCUCAGUAAAAGCUAUAUAAGUCAUGACCUUGAGAAGUCAUUUACACAAUAAAAAUAGGUUAGCAUGAGCCAAAUGAAAGCAUAUUACAUUGGGUUUAUGGGAGGUUGUAGUACAAAAAUAACUGAAUUUAAAUACAUUCCCUAUAAGGGUGGGAGAGGGUAGUGGUAGACUGGGAUUUUCUACAAAGUAUCAUAAACAUAAGAAUGUACAAAUCCAAUUAAAAUGGACCACUUUGGAAAUGUGUGGUUAACGUGUAUUGCAAAACGACAUAGGUUUCUUUAUAAAAGACCACUUCUUUGAUCUUGAAUUCAUUCUAAGCCUUUUGUAAGUCAUGCUGACUCUAGGCAGAGCCAGGACUGAAUGCAAUUAAUUACAUGGGGGGGGGGGUCAAGGAAGAAGCGACCUGCAUGAAAUGAGCCCACACCUUGAGUCUCUUUCAGAAGGAAGACUCAUCUUUUCCACUUAGAGAAGGAACUGCACUGGGCUCUCCUGCGGAAAAACAGUAGUUCUUUAUGUCCUGUACAUAAAGCCGACCUCUAUUACAAGUCAUCACACGCCCCGUGAGAAACAGAGGGCGCCGCUGCUGACUGACUCAGAAUUCUCCUUGGAAAGUCUCCGGAAUAUCAAAGGAUGGCUGUGUCUCUCAUGUGGCCCAAGGACUAAGGACUGAGAGGUUGGGAUGUGGUGUUCUGAUAAAGGUCAACACCAGCACAAGUGCGUUACAACUUGAACCCCACAGCCGACUUCCCAGAUGCACAGGGCUCUCCUUUCGGAGGUGUGUGCACAGAGCCAGCUCCUCCAGGCUAAGCAGUCACCUGGCUUCCCGAAGGCUGCAGCACGUGGUCCGAAGCACUCACAGCCCCACCAGAAGAAAAGGAUGUGUAUCUCAACACAAAUUGGCUGUGAUAAGGGGUAGGCUUUGAUGGUGUUUACAGUCUUGAUAAGCCUGGUGAAGCCCAGUGACA